AUGCAGGGUGGUAUUGGAUGCUUCAACCAACGUGUCCAAGACAAGAUCAUGAAGAAGAUCGCCAAGAUGGAGAGCAAGCACCCAGGAUACGUUGAGGGCAGUCCAUAUGAUCGUUGCCAGAGUCACCAUAACAAGUCUGAGGACCACUGUCACGAGUCCAAGCUGGCCCAGAAGAUCGAGAAAAGGGAGCUCAAGAUCCAGAGGAUGGUCGAGAAGAUGGACGCCAAGAUCGAGAAGAUGAGGAUGAAGCUUGCCAAGAAGCAAUCGUGUCUCGACAACAAGUUCCCACAUCUGGAGCAGAAGUAUGAGGCCAAGUUGGAGAGGAAGCAGGCUUGCUUCGACAGAAAGAUCGCCGGUCUCGAGAGGAAGAGGUCGCACUUGGAGGCCCAUCUCCACAAGAAGGACGCUCACAUCCAGAAGAUGGAGGCCAAGGUCGAGAGGAAGAUGGAGAAGAUCAAGAUCAAGAACCUGGCCUGGAGAAAGGAGAUCAACGCCAUCGUCAAGCAGUACCAGGCUGGCGACAUCAUUCCCUUGAAUGACAUCAAACAGAGGAUCAUCAACGUGCAGCACGCCAAGGUCAGAGAGUCAAUCGAGCAACUGUUUGCCAACAAGAUCAUGAAGGACACUGACAAGUAUGUGGUCUUGGAGAAUGGAGAUGUCAAGGUGUUGCCAAGACAGAUGGGUUGCCAAUAA